AUUUCUUGCUCGAUACUCCAGAAACUGAUCUGAGAGAGACAGGAGCAUAGUUCUCACGAGCAUGGAAAAUUCCUCGACCCGAAAGGUGCAGCGAGUCCAUGGGACUACGGAGAAAUCAAGAGGUUGUUAAAGUGGCAGAGUACACGGUGGCAGUUGAAUGACAAGUGUUGGCCGCUGUGCUCCAGUUGUCGGCCAACAUGUUCUCAAGCACAUGAUUUAGUGCAGAUGACGCCAUGGACCCCACGGCGGCAACCUCCAUCUGCUUUGUCAAUGUUGACUCACGCUGCUUUUCCUCGAUUGCCGGAAAGGUAGAGGGCACCUCGCGCUCGGUCUGCUCUCUCUUGCAUAGCGCGUCGGACUGGGAUUCGUGCCCACCAAGCUUUCGUCCAAUCGAUGAACCAAUCGAAGUCGACAAGCCUCCUAACCUAAGCCUUGGACUCGGACUCUUUCUAGCAUGACCUCUUAAAUUGCAUCACUUCACUUCAACUCCAUGACUUCGAUUUAUUGCGGUGCGGGCCGUUUGGAGACACUCAACGUCGUGGACAGGGCCGAGGGCUGAGGGCUCAGAUUGAUGCUCCGUAUGUCGAGUGAAUGUAUUUCGUACAUCGAGUGGCGACUGAGACGUAGGAAAUGUUUUGAAAGGAAACGAAAAGAAGAGACGAUAAGGUCCGUCGUAGAGAGCAAGGCAAGUUCAUUCCUUCGUGGCAUACAAGGUAACUGAGAGCGGACCCGACCGAUAAAUGUGGACCCGAACAAUUUUGUUGUAGACCCAAGUUACAACCAACCAUAAGCGAUCGAAUCCAGUUGACACCAAAUGUUCCUUUCGAAUAUUUAGGUUAGAACCUUUUGCGACAACUUGGUGAGAUUGCUCUCAUUCAGUUCUCAUUGCUCUCAAAU